AGAACCCGCAGAUGAUGUAAAAAGUGAAGAAAGUGAUGAUGAACCUACUGCAAAGAAGAGCAAGAAAGUGGCUUCAGAUAAGACUCCUAAGAAGAAAAAGAAAGCGGUCAAGGAAUGUAUUUUAAAAAAAACAAAGGAAAAGGUGGAAGAGACGACUGCCACAACAAAACCCAGAAAAAGAAAGAAGAAGAGACCAUUACUGAUGUUCUAGCCACCUCUGCACCAAAAGCUGGAACACCGGAAGACCUACAAAAUCUGUUGGAACAACAUUAUUGCAAGACAACGGUCAGUUUAUAGAAUUGGAAGAACUAAAAUUGCCAGAUAAUUCAUUUGUGAAAGCAAAUGACCUCAGCCAUACCCUGUCUUCAUAUUUAAAGGAAAUGUGCCCUAAGUGGUCCAAACUAUCGAAAAAUCACAAAGAGAAAAAAUCUGCUCUGAUCUUGGUGAUUUGUAGCUCUGCUCACCGUACCCUGGAACUAAUUAAAUUAAUAAAUGCUUUCAAAGGUGACACCAAAAUAAUGAAGCUAUUUGCAAAACACAUCAAGAUUAAAGAUCAGAUGCAACUACUGCUGGAGAAAAAUAUUGUUCAUCUUGGAAUAGGAACACCUGGAAGGAUUAAAGCUCUCAUAGAACAAGAGGGUCUUAGUUUGCAGUCUCUGAAAUACAUUGUGUUAGAUUGGAACUGGAGAGAUCAGAAGCUGCGGAGGAUGGUGGAUAUUCCAGAGGUGAAGAAGGAGAUGGUGGAACUCCUGGACUCAGGUGUCAUCGCUGCCUGCAGAGGGGUUCUGUGAAGAUUGCGCUGUUCUAA